GUUUAUCGAAAGCUACCGCGCUAACCAAAAAAGGCAGAUUGGACGUUGUCUCACUCAUCUCCCUACCACUUUUCCUGGGUUUUUGUGAUUAACAUCUUUUUGUGCACAAAUGAAUUAUUCAAGGGAUCCACCACCUCCGUACGAAACAACUAAUACUGCUCCAUAUCCUACAAUCGGUUUUGCAGUUGGACCAUACUCUGAUUCAACAGGAUAUCAAGGUGAACCAUCUAAUCCAGAGCCUAAAUCUAAUCGUACUGAACCGUUUACAAGUUUACAAUAUUCUGAGAAAAGUGUUAGGCAUGCUUUCAUUCGAAAGGUCUAUCUAAUUUUAACAGCUCAGUUAUUAGUGACUUCAACAUUUAUAUGCACUUUUCUUUUUUCGUAUCGUGUAAAGUAUUGGGUUGCAAGAAAUUCAUGGUUUUAUUACCUAUCCUAUGCGGUUUUUCUAUGCACCUAUAUUGCAUUGGUUUGUUGCCCGAGUGUAAGACGAAGAUAUCCUGGAAAUAUUAUCGCGCUAUCUAUUUUUACAUUGGCAUUCUCCUAUAUGACGGGUACUAUCACAUCAUAUUAUGAUACACAAUCUGUUCUGAUCGCUGUUGGUAUUACCGCUUGUCUGUGUAUAGCAAUCUCUAUAUUUGCUAUGCAAACACGAAUUGAUAUUACUAAAUGCACUUCAUUAAUAUUUGUCUUGUCUAUCGUUGUGAUGUUAACUGGAAUUGCUUGCAUAAUUGUCUAUGCAGUAUCUGGACCGAAUAGAGUUUUGCAAGCUGUCUACGGUGGACUUGGAGCAUUGCUAUUCGGAGUGUAUUUGGCUUUCGAUACACAACAUAUUAUGGGUGGACGAGAACAAGAACUCGGUGCAGAGGAGUAUAUUUACGGUGCUUUACAAUUAUACAUGGAUGUGGUCAAUUUAUUCCUUAUGAUUCUAUCAUUAUUCGGUAGCAGAGACUAAUUGAUUAAUGAAUGAAUUAAUUAAUUAGUGUAGAGUUGUUAUUCAAUGCCUUCCUAAAUCAAUCCUAAGAAGGCAGAGUUCAUACAUACCAUCACAUACCAAAAAAAACAACAAAAACAAACAACAGAAAUCACCAUUACAAUGAAUUUAUACACUUUGUUUUCAUUAUCUCUUCACCUUUCUUUCGAUAUCUAUACAUAUAUAUGUGUACCCCUCGCCUCGCCUAUUUCUUAUUGUUCCCCUGUUCAUCAUGUUUCAUUUCACUACGAGUAUAAUUUAUUCCCCAUCAUUGUCGUUAUUAUUAUUAUUAUUAUCAUCAGUAUUCAUGCUUUUCCGUGAACAAUAUGAAAAAAAGACGGUGAUUACGUAAUCAAAAAUUUAUUUAUAUUAUUUGAAUAAUGUUACUUACCUCUUAUCAUUCAUAUUUAUCAAAAUCAUAACUCUUAUUGUUGUUGCUGUUGUCUGAUUUUUGGUAAACGUUCCAUUAUCC